AUGACAUCUUCUUCAUUAAGUAAAAGUAGUAGUACAAGUAGUACAAGUAGCAAGAAUGAAGAAAAAGGUGAAAAGAAAAUUUAUGAUUUAAUAUCAUUAGAAGUUCCAAGAUUACAAGGACUUUUAUUAAGAUCAACUUUAUUUUUAUGCGAAAACCAUUAUUUAAAGAAUUCAUUUUUAUCGUCAUUAUAUACAAAAAAUAAAAUGCCAUUAAUUUCACAAUUUAAUUUAAAUUUAUCACCAACCUUUUAUCCAAUUGUUGAUAUUUCAAAUCAUCAACAACAACAACAAAAUAAAUCUGAAUUUACAUUUAAAAAAUAUUUAGCAACUGAUAUGUUGCAUGAUAAAGAUUUAAUUAAAUAUCUUCAAAGUAAAAAUUUAGAAAUAAAUAGUCAAUCAUCAUCAUCAUCAUCAUCAAAUAAUCAAUCAUUAAUUAAUAAUAUACCAGAGAAUUCAAUUAUAAAUUAUUAUAAUUUAUAUAUGACUGGAAAGAUAACACCAAAUGAAAUUGCAAAUUUUUUUAUUGAAUGUAAAAAUCACUCUGAUGAACAAUCACCACCAUUGAAAGCAUUUAUAAAGAUAUUGGAGGAUGAUAUUAAAUCUCAAGCAAUGGCAAGUGCUGAACGUUGGAAAUCCGGUUCACCUUUGUCAUUGAUUGAUGGUGUACCAAUCUCAUUAAAAGAUGAAAUAGACCAAAUUGGAUAUCAUACCACUUGUGGUACAACCUUUUUGGAGAAAGUAUUUCCAAAUGUUAAAACUGAAGAUUCUGGUGUAGCCAAAAUGUUACGUCAACAAGGUGCAAUUUUAGUUGGAAAGAAUAAUAUGCACGAAAUUGGUAUCUCAACACUUGGUUAUAAUACUCAUUUUGGGUUCACUAGAAAUCCAUAUAAUCUCAAUCAUUAUCCAGGUGGUAGUUCUUCAGGAAGUGCUUCUUCAGUAUCGGCUGGUUUAAAUCCAUUAAGUAUUGGUUGUGAUGGUGGUGGUUCAAUUAGAGUACCUGCUUCAUUAUGUGGUGUCGUUGGUUUAAAACCAACUUUUGCAAGAGUUUCUCAUGGUGGUAUUUUUGAUUUAUGUUGGUCAGUUGGUCAUGUUGGUCCAAUUGGUUCGUCAGUAAUUGAUACUGCAAUUGGUUAUGCUUGUAUUGCUGGUUCUGACUCUGCCGAUCAUCAAUCUGUUUUAGCUGAACAAUAUGGCGGUAAACCAACCGUUCCAAUGUUUACUGAAAUUCCAUUAAUUCAACCAUUAAAAGGUUUAAAAAUUGGUGUUUUUUAUGAUUGGAUUAAUGAUUGUAAUAUAGAAUUUAAAGAUUCAACUUAUAAAUGUAUUGAAAUUUUAAAAGAACAAGGAGCUGAAAUUAUAGAAAUAGAAAUUUCAAAUUUAUUAGUAACUAGAUUAUCACAAGGCGCAAUUAUUUUAUCAGAAAUGAAUUCAUCUAUGAAAAGAUUUAAAAAUUAUAGUAAUGAAUUACAAUAUGAUAGUAGAAUUUCAUUAUCAAUUGGUAAUAUAUUACCAACUUCAGAUUAUCUUCAAGCAAAUAAAGUUAGAACUUUUUGUAUUGAACAAUUUACUGAAAUUUUUAAAGGAGUUGAUUUAAUUGUAACACCAACUAAUGCAAUAGCUGCACCUGAAAUUGAAAAAAGUGUUUUGUCUAUGGGAGAAUCAAAUUUUGGAUCAGUAGGUGAAUUAAUGAAAUAUGUUUUUAUUGGAAAUAUUACUGGUAUCCCUGGCAUAACUGUUCCAGUGGGUCUAACAAAAGAUAAAAACUUACCAAUUGGUUUUCAAAUUAUGGCAAAGUGGUGGCAAGAAGAUUUACUUUUAUACACUUCUUAUGUUUUAGAAAAAAAUAUUGACUUUAAAGGAAAACCACAAUAUUAUAAUUGUCCUUUAACAAAUUGCACAAACCCAAAUAACUAA